AUUUGAAUCUUGAUAACAAGGUUCAUUUCUGUGAUAUCGAUAUGCUCCCAUCUCUGGAAACCUUUUCUUUAGUAUUACCGUUCCACGAACCUUUGUCACAUUUUUUCGGCUCUCUUAUUUAAUAAACAAAUUAUAACUUAAAAUCAAACAAAGUUAAUACAAAUGAGCAGCGUUGGCGAGGAUUGCAACGAGCUGAAGCAGCAGUACGACGCCUGUUUCAACAGCUGGUUUUCCGAGCGGUUCCUAAAAGGUCAAACGGAUGACUCAGUGUGCGCCCCAAUUUUCCGUGUUUAUCAGGACUGCGUCAAGCGCGCCAUUCGGGAGAAGAAGAUCGAUCUGCGAGAGAUUGACCCGAUCUACGACACAAAUAGCGAUCACGAGCAAACCAACAGCUCCACUGGAAAUCAGCAACAAAAGGGCAAGAGUUGACCCCAAAAGCCGCUCUACAAGAAUCCACAAAGCAAGCAGAAAAUCACCAAUUCUAGACUACCGAAAAGGAGUAUAGUUCUGUAUUCUCUAGCAGAAAACCCAGCAAUACAAGUUCGUGGCAUUUUGUCUGCUCUAACAAUACAAUGACUAUAUGCAACUGAUCAUUCAGUUGCCAAGAUGCCGCAAUAUACAAUUUAAUUAAUAAAUUAGUACUUUUCAAAGGAG